GUUAGUUUGUUAGGCGAGCCAGGACCGACGCAGGGAACAACUCACGACCAUAACCUAUUUGGAUAUCUCCGAAAGAGCUACUCCGCAGUAAACCCAGCUCACCUGUCAAACCCAUCUUAUCCGGCGCUUGGCUCUCCGGUGCGUCUUCGUCUCGGCCUGCCCUACGGCAUCUCCCUGGUAUCUACGGAGUAUCCCUGACUUCUCCCUGACUUCUCCCUGAGUCCCUCCUACGUAACAGAGGUGGCCCGUCCAACACCCCCGUGGCCAAUCAGCCGCGGCCCCAGAAUCAGUCGACUUUUGCUGCAAUUGUGAAACGUCUCACUUCGCGGCUUGCCCCUUCUAACGUUCUGGCGCGGUCCAGUGGGCCGUCACCGUUGCCAUCGCCGCCGCCGUCGCCGUCUGCCCAGUCAUGAUCCCGCCUGUCUUCGACUUCGCCUUCUUGGCCUCAUCCACCUCCGAGCUCUUUACUUUCCAAAGUACUCUCACCAUCUCCGAUCGCACGUACGUGACUGGCGCACAUACGCACCUUGUUUGCUCUCCAUACAAUCAUUUUAUUUCCCACCCGCUACGUUCUGCCCUCGACUGUCCGGCACACUCGAUACCGAUAAAGAGUCGACUCCUUAAUCAUCUCAACCUGCUCCGUUCCGCUUCGCGACGCUCCGAAACCUCCGCUCCAAUGGGUCAAUUCGACUGGUUCUCUUCCAUCGGCGCGACCGAUGAGGCUGUCGCCGUCCUCAACGACCAGCCCAUCCUCUUCACUAUCCUCCUUAUCGUCCUUGUCACACUCAUCCUGCAAUUCGUAUUGCACUGGUACAUCGGCUACGUCACCUUGAAGCCCGAGCAGCGCAAGGCCAUGCAGGCUAAGAAGGACAAGAAAGCUGCCGCCAAACAGAACAAGGGCAAGAAAUAA